GAGGGUGGAGAGAAGUUCCCAACUGAUGAAAAUGGGAAAACCUUGUAUAGUGAUGUGGAUUACAUUGAGACCUGGCCAGCUAUGGAAGAGGCAGGGGAAGCAGUCUUGUCGGGGUCCAUUGGAGUUUCCAAUUUAGCAAGGAUCAAAUUGAACGUAUUUUUUCAGAUUGCUAAAAUAGUGCCUGCCAACAAUCAGGUUGAGUGCCACCCCUACUUAAAUCAAAAGAAGCUUAUUGAUUACUGCAAAAGUAAAGGAAUUACUGUCCACUGCCUACAGCCCCUAGGGUCUCCAGACAGCUUCUUCUCUGGAGAGAGACACCUCACAACUCUUCUUAAUCUCAUUUUACCCCCCAUGUCAAGUUCAAGUUUUUAA